GAUCAACAGAGUGGACAUACAGCGCCGGCUCCAGAUCAGGACUUUGGAGAGCGCAGCGGGAAGAGCCAAACGCAGACAACUUUCUCUAGAGCACAUGUGUAAAGCGAUGUUACAACGGACCGGCCCCCAGCUGCUUCUCUUAAUAGCCCUGUGCAGUGUGUUGUGCUCCCGGACUCUGGGUCUGCCGUACACAUCCAUGAGAACGACGAGACACGCGGACGGUCUGUUUACCAGCGGAUACAGCAAGCUCCUGGGACAGCUGUCGGCGCGGAGGUACCUGGAGUCUCUGAUCGGCAAGCGGGUCAGUGAUGAGCUGAUGGAGGAGCCAGUGAAGCGGCACUCAGACGCCAUCUUUACAGACAAUUACAGCCGAUUCCGCAAACAGAUGGCCGUCAAGAAAUACCUGAACUCAGUCUUAUCAGGAAAGAGAAGCCUAGAAGAUCCUGGAACCACUGACCUGGAGGAGUCCAGGGAUGAACCCAACACCUUCCAGGAGAACUACGACGACAUCAACGUAGAUCAACUCCUAAACAACUUUCAGCUGCCACUUUGAGGAGGGGCCCGUUCUCGUGUGAAUACCUCAACUCAUCCUCAUGAAACCGCCCAUUCCAAAAACGACACAAUAUUAACCCAAAGGACAUUCGAAAGUCAAACGAACCAACAAUAAUGUGUUCUCCAAUGUGAUUAUCUAUCUAUCCAUCCACAAAGUACAUGUUUAUACUGUAUAUAUAUACACACACAAUACUUAUUACUAAAGAUUCUGGCCCAAAGACUCUUCAGGCCGCACCGAGCAACAUGCAGUUUGGCCAAUCAGCAUUUGAAGAUGGCACCAGGCAACAGUAAUUUUAAACAGAAGUACCACGUUUGUUUUCUUUUUUAAAAUCAACGUUGUUCCACUAACUUUCAAUGGAAACAUUUCUCCCCUGAUAACUUUUAUAAGGAAUCACUGUCUUGUUAAAUUCGAGUGAAAUCUGUCCAAUCAAUUUUCCGUUGAACAUUUGACCCACUGAAUGUCAAUAGAACAACAUUUACUUUCAAUAGCGUACCUUUCCCCUUGAUUUUCAGUGGAGAUACUGUAACUUCAGCUGUAUGUGACCAACGCUUGUUCAGUUAACGUUGGAUGGAAAAUAGGUCUGAUUGAAUUCCUAUGAAUUUUCACUCACAUAAGUUUCAUUAGCUUUCAGUGGAGAACAUGUCCAGUUACUCUUCAAUGAAACGCUAGCACCGUUAGCUGCCAGUGGAAUCACUGCUUGAUUGAAAUUCAAGAGGAACAAAAUGGAUUAGUAACUUCAACUGAACCAUGUCCCAUUUAUUUUUAUUAGAACAAUAGUUAUAUAAAAUAUGAAUGGAAUAUUUGUCACAUUUUGUUUCAAGAUUAUUGUUGCACUAUAAACUUUCAAUGGAAAUAUUUCCCAAAAUAACUUUUAAUGGAAUAAAUGUUCUAUUAAAUUUGAGUGACUUUUAUUUAUUUAUUUAAUUGUACUCUCAGUUGAACAUUUGACCUGUUGAACUUCAAUGAAAGAGCCAUUGAAUAUACUUUCGAUAGAAAAAGCUGUCCCAUUUAUUUUCAGUCGAUCCACUGUCACUCACAAUUAGUUAAUUUUGAAAGGAACAUCUCUAUGAGUGAUUGAAUUUCUUAUUUCCAGUUAUCAAUAUUUCCAUUACUUUUCAGUAGAGCACUUGUCCAUAUAAUCUUUAAUGGAUGCUGGCACCAUUAGCUUGAGGUGGAAUCACUGCUUUGGAACCAAUUGUACUAUUAACUUAAACUGAACCUUGGCCCCAUUUACUUUUGAUAAGGCAAUACUUGUGUAAAAUGGAAUUUCAAAGGAAACCAUUUUGACUAGUAACUUUUUAAUGGAAACGCUUGACCUAUUACAUUUGAGUGAAAUUUGUCCCGUUAGAUUUCUUUUAAACAUCUGACCCAUUGAAUGUUAGUGAAACCACAUUUCAACAACUUUCCCACUGAAUUUUGGUGAAUCUUUUGUAACCUUAGUUUUGUCCAAUGAAUGUCCUGUGAAUGGAACAACUGAUUGAGUUCUGACUUAUUUUUCACUAACCCACAGUUCCACUGACUUUCAACAGAGCACUUAAAAAUUAAUCUUCAUUAGCUUUCAGUGGAAUCACGGCUUUGUAGAAAUGUCAAUGGAAUAUUUGUC